AUGGGACUUAAUAAUCCAAUACCAAGGAGUUUGAAAAGUGAAUCAAAGAAAGCUGCUAAAGUUCUUGCUUCAUUUGUAAAGCCUAAUCAAUUUGCUGGGGCAGACCAAGUUAUUCCCCCAAAUGUUUUGAAAAAUGCUAAAGGUUUGGCAAUUAUUACUGUAUUGAAAGCAGGAUUCUUGUUUUCUGGAAGAGCAGGUUCGGGGGUUAUAGUUGCUAGACUUCCAGAUGGUAGCUGGUCUGCACCAUCAGCCAUCGUCACAGCCGGAGCUGGUGUGGGGGGACAAAUUGGUGCCGAGAUCACUGAUUUUGUUUUCAUUUUAAAUAAUAAGGCUGCUGUCGAUUCGUUUGCACAAAUGGGGUCAAUCACAUUAGGGGCCAAUGUUUCUGUGGCUGCUGGACCAUUGGGUAGAAAUGCAGAAGGUGCGGGUACUGCUUCGUUGAAGAGUGCCUCGGCCGUAUUCUCAUAUUCCAAAACUAAGGGAUUGUUUGCCGGUGUAUCUUUGGAAGGUUCGGCCAUUGUUGAAAGAAGAGAAGCAAACAGAAAGUUUUAUGGUAGUAAUUGUAAAGCCAGAACUAUUUUGGCGGGCAAUGUCGAACCACCACCAGCGUGCGACUCGUUGAUGAGAAUCUUAGAUUCUAAAGCUUUCAACAACAGAUUGCCAUAUGAUGAUGAUGAAUUUUACAACGACGAUUACUAUGAUGAUAUUCCAGAUGAAUUCUCCGAUACUACGUCGACCCAAUCUAGAUCAAGAAGAGGCACUGGAGUUUCUCGUUCAAGAAGGUAUUCUGAUGACUAUGGGUAUUCUGAUGAUGAUUAUUCUGACGAUGAUGAUAGCUAUAGAAGAGGCGGUGCUGGUGCUGGUCGAAACAAACAAUCCUCAAAUAAUAAUGGAAGACGCUCGGCAUGGGAGGAUGAUAUUUAUGAUUCUACUGGCUCAAGUAGAAGACGAACUAACAGUGAUGUUGAUAACUUAAAUUCUUCGUUCAGUAAUACUCGUAUAUCUAAUAAUGGUCCGUCCAGGCCUCCAACGUCUAGUAAACCAAACUUUGGGGGUGCAGCAAAGACUAAUUCUAGUCAAGCAAUUGCCUUGUAUACAUUCAAAGGAGAACAAAAUGGUGACUUACCAUUCAAAAAGGGUGAUGUAAUUGACAUUGUAAAGAAGUCAGAAACAUCGAACGAUUGGUGGACUGGGAGAAACAAUGGCACAGUUGGUAUAUUCCCUGCUAAUUAUGUUGAAUUGAUUUAG